AUGGAUAACAUCAAAGUCCCCGUGGAGGUCAAUCCUGAUGAGGAUACCGAGUGGAAUGAUAUCUUAAGAAGCCAUGGAAUCAUACCUGAGAGACCCCCUUCUCCAACAGCCGAGUUGGAGGCUGCACUUGACGAAGCAGUCAAGAGACAGCACGAGAAUAGACUUGAAUCAAAGGAUUUGGAUGAGUUGGAUGCAUUAGAAGAUGAGGAAGACGAAGAGUUUCUCAACUUCUACAAGAAUAAGAGAAUGCAAGAGCUCAAAAAACUCGCUGACAAGAAGAAAUUCGGGUCAGUUAUGCCAAUCUCGAAAAACGAAUAUGAAUCAGAAGUCACCAAAGCAUCCAACGAGUCAUUCGUGUUAAUACAUCUUUCCUUACAGUCCAGCUUACAAAGUCGAUUACUUUCAUCUAUCCUUGUUACUCUUGCUCAAAAAUUCCCAGAGAUCAAGUUUUGCGAAAUCCCAGCAAAUAGAUGUAUCGAAAACUAUCCCGAAUCUAACUGCCCUACCCUUAUAAUAUACCACAAGACCGCAGUUUUAAAGCAAUUCAUCACCUUGACCCAAUUAGGCGGUAACGAUACCAAAGUGAAAGACUUGGAGUCAGUGCUAGUUGACCUUCAAGCAGUGGAGAUGCACGAUAAAAGAUUAGUCUCCAACCAGCAAGAUGAGGACUUGGAAGAAGAAAGAAAAUUCAGGUUCGUGAAGAAGUCGGUGAGGGGCCGUACCAAUGAUGACGAAGAUGACGAUGAAGACGAUUUUUACGAUUAG